CACACACACACAGAGACAGACCCACACACACACACCAAAUAAUGCAUGUAUCCCUACACCAGUAACACUACAGUCAUUGAUAAUAUUUUUAUAUUACUAAAAAGUACAUGUAUUUAGAGAAUUCUAAAUUAAAAAUGAGAGAUUGAUGGUUAAAGUAAAUAAGGAUGACAAACAGGACAGACAUUAAUGACAGGUAAAACAAUGUGGAUGUUUGGUUUGAUGGAUGAGGGAUGAAAUACCUACAUAUUUAAUGGAAGGAUUCUAGAUGUGGACGGAUGGUAAGAUGAAUCUACGCUAGCGGGGCUGACGUAUGGAUGGAUAAAAAGGUUGUACGGGCUGAAGGGACAGAUGAGACAUUACGCAGUGUGAUAUGGAAGGACAGAACAUGUGACGUCAUAGCUGACUUAACAAUCAGGGCUCACUUCAGGACAAAGUGAUUCCUGGGUUCCGGAAUGAGACCGUUGUUUUCUUAUAAAAACGGUUGAUAACAUUUCUUAGGCUGUAAACAUUUCUUAGGCUUGUUGGCAGAAAUACGAAUCUUGCUGUUCACUGAAACAAACCAGGAGGCUUGUCUGUCAAUCAAAAAAAAAAACACGUCACCCGUAGCCACUGUCGCUUUGUGUUGCCGGAGCGCACGCGACAUGAAUCCCAGGGGGCCGAGAAACUUCAGGGCCACCCUGUAUGUGGGAGACCUUCACCAGGACAUCAACAGGGCCAUCCUCUAUCAGAAGUUCAGCACUGCUGGAGCGGUGUACUCUAUCAAGGUCUGCAGUGACAAAGCCACCAGGCGAUCCCUCGGAUAUGCCUAUGUCAACUUCUACCGACGGACAGACGCUCAACGAGCUCUGGAUACGCUGAACUUCGACGUGGUCAUGGGGAAACCGAUGCGCAUCAUGUGGUAUGAACCAGACCCGACCAUGAGGAGAAGCACUGUGGGUAACGUCUAUCUCCACAACCUGGACGAGUCGAUUUGCAGCAAAGCCCUGUACGACACCUUUUCCAUCUUCGGACACAUCAGCUCCUGCAAGGUGGUGUGUGACGAGAAGGGAAAGUCAAAGGGCUACGGAUUUGUUCACUUCACCAGCCAGGAGGUGGCUCAUGUUGCCAUUGAGAAGCUGAACGGCAUGAUGUUCAAUGACAGGAAAGCAUUUCUCAUGCCGUAUAAAACCCGCCAAGACAGAGAAGCGGAAAAAAGGCAGUGGGCUGAGAAAGAGUGUGAGGUGGAGCUGAGAGCCAGAGCCCAGGAGUACACUUACCUGUUAAUCAAAAACUUUGGAGAGGACAUCAGCAAUGACAAGCUGAAUGAGGUGUUCAGACAAUAUGGUGAAUGUUUGUCUUACGUGUAUUUGAAAAUGAUUACUUAAGCAGUGCGUUCUCCCUUUCAAGUGUGAUCUUCUGGAAACACACAAGAGAGCAUACGGUCUAUAUGAGACGUCAUUACCUCACGACCAAGCAUCUCCUUUUGCCCUUGCCAACAAAUCAUGCUUUUAUAAUCACUGUAACACAAUACUGUUCACAAAUAUAAUAAUGUUAAGUAUUAUAUUAAGUAUUCAUGCUUUGUUUCCCAGACCUACCAGGUAGGCUAACAGAACAUAGAGUAAGCUUUGUAUCUUUCCAUUUUGCGUACUUAGAUUUGGAAUCGCACUUCAAACAUGACAGUUGACUUCAGCAUUUGCUAUAUG